AAUAAAUUAUUUUAGAAUUGGGGGAAACCCGAGCGAAUCAGGACUUGCUCCCCCGUACCGUUAAGAUGUCUUACAGGUCGAUUCUUCUCAGUAAUGAGGAGAAUCAGGACAUUUUUACCAUCGUAGGGGCAAGGAAAGAGAUAAGAGCUACUGCUGUAGCUCAGAUGUAUCAUGCUCAUCCAAAUCCAAACAAUUGGGAGAAGUUUUGUACAGGUGUUGUUUGCUUUGUUAAAGAAAAUUCUCAAAGAUUUUAUUUCAUUCAGCUCAUUGAUCUAAUGAGUCGUGCUGUAGUUUUUGAGCAAGAGCUGUAUGAGGAAUUUCACUAUUCAAACCCUCGUCCUUACUUUCACUCAUUCCCUGGACAUGAGUUCAUGGUUGGUCUCAACUUCGCCAGUGAAAAAGAAGCCGAGAAGUUUCAUGCUGCUGUUGAAAGCGGAAUCACUGAUGCAUGUAGAGCAUCCAUAAGCAGGAGGAAAACUCUUCCUGAGACUAAAAAACAGGAUCGAUACAGUCUUGAGGUUGAUGGCUCUGGUAUAGGAAAACUCCUAAACAUGAGGAGGAAAACUCUUCCCGCUAAGACUAAAAAACAGGAUCGAUACAGUCUUGAGGUUGAUGGCUCUGGUAUAGGAAAACUCCUAAACAUGAGGAGGAAAACUCUUCCCGCUAAGACUAAAAAACAGGAUCGAUACAGUCUUGAGGUUGAUGACAAACCAAUAGGAGGAAGGAAAUUGACUAAAGCAGACAUUGGGAAACCAACUGAUUUCAGGCAUGUUGGCUGGGAUCCACAUACUGGCCCUUUUGAUGCAACUUCACCCUUGAUGUACAGUAGACCUGAUAUAACACGAAAAUUUGUUCUUCAUUGCCAGUUCAUACCAUUAUUAUUGCAACAUCCUCAAGUAUUACAAAAUAUAGAGCAGCAGUAUGGGGUCAAGUUUAGUGUAAUGCUGCCUAAUGGUUCUACUAAAUCCAUGACUGCUUUCUCCACUACCAUAGCUAGUAUGAUGUCUGGUUCUCACCCAUUGACUAUUGAGAGUAUUUCUGAUUAUUUAUCAAGCUCCAGUGCUGGUGAUGUCUCUGAUACUGGUGGUGUCUCUGAUACUGGUGAUGUCUCUGAUGCUGGUGGUGUUUCUUGGAAUUUUUUUGAUGAUCAUCAGUUUCAACCUAUGAGUCCUACUGAUUCUGCUGAAAUUGAAAAACUCUAUCAGGAUCGAACAUCAAGUCAUGCCAGGCAUCAAUUGCCAUAUUCUAGAAAAAUUGGAGAAUGGAACUACAGUUAUGAUUUUGACAGCAUGGAACAGACAAACACCAAAACACAGAAAAAGCGUAAAAUCAAACGUAUUUAUACACCACCUCAAGAUUUGUUUUUCCUCUGCCUAUCCUGUUGUGGCUUGAAAGAUGGUGUCCAAGCUUCUAUAGAUAAUUUACGUGAGAAAUUGGAAGGGAUGAUUGUCAAGAAAACAUUUGGAGACUUUGGUACAGGUAUUGCUGAGCCCAUCAUUCAAUUAGCAAAAUCAUUUUGUGUCAAAGUAGAUUCAUCACUUGAUAGCAUUGUGAUAUCUGGCAGUAGUGAUUGUUUGGCUGAAGUACUUCUUGUUUUAGCAGAAAAGCGAAUGAACCUUCAAUCUAGUCCUUUCUUAUCAUCUUUUCCUCCAGAGUGGGAGCCACAAACUGACAAUAUUGAACUGAAGUCAGUUCCAGUUAGUUCUCCCGAGGGGGCAAAGGUAGUGAGUGCUUUUAAGAAAACAAUGAAUGCAAAUAUUUCUAAAAUUGAGAGGAUCCAGAAUAAAUUUUUGUAUUCCAAAUAUGACCUGUGUAAGAAAAGGAUGCACGAGAAGAAUAAUGGGCAGGUAAAUGAGAAAUGGUUAUUUCAUGGAAGUCGUAGUGUUGCUCCAGAAACAAUACACAAAUCAGAGCAUGGCUUUGAUUUUCGUCAUGCUGGCCAAGGCAUGUGGGGGAGAGGAGCAUAUUUUGCAGUUAAUGCCAGCUACUCUGGAGAUUCUUAUGCUUUUCGUUCAUCCCAAGGUCAACAAAUAUUCUUAGCUUUUGUUUUAACUGGUGACAGUAAAGCAAUGGAGAGUGAUACCUCAUUAAUCAUUCCGCCAAGAAAAGAGGAUGGCAGGGGAAAUUAUGACAGUGUAAAUGGUCUGACUGGUGGUUCUCAGGUCUAUAUUGUAUAUGAUCAUGACAAAUGUUAUCCAGCUUAUCUUAUUACCUUUAAUUAUUAGUAGUCUACUGUGAUGUGUCUAUAUUUUUUAGGAAUAUUACUUUGAUUGUAGAUAUCAUUAUUAUUUUUAUAUGCAUUUGUAAUGAUGUCUUAAUUGUAAUCUUUACAAUAUGUUUUAGUGCUUUUAA